AUGGAAUCCUGGCAAAGCGGGGUCAUGGCGGGGGGAUUCGCACUCGUAUUUGCGACCGUCAUGGACAACGCUGACCACCAACAGGUCCCGGACACACCUGCAGCUGCGGCGCUUCCUGCCAGUGCCCUGCCGGCGCAUGCCAGUGCCCCGUAUGUGAAAUUCAACUCCCCUCAACUCCCUAUCCGCCUUAUCACUGUGAUGUGA